AUGGCUAACUUCAAGAGUGGGAAUGUUUUUAAUAUUGAUGUAUUGUAGUCGAAUUUCAAAUAUCUAAUCACAUUGUUAAUUCAAGAAUUAAUUUAAUUUUAAAGGCAAGUGGAUUCCCAAAACGUUGAACCCAAUAAAUCGAAUAAUCUCGAGUUAAAUUAAAUAAAACUAGACCUCUAAAAAUUAAAAAAUGACAACACCCACUUGUAAUAUAAAAUUAAGGAACUUGAAUAAGAAUUAUAUCAAUAGAAACAGCUAAAUACUACCAUAUGCCAAGAUUUGUUAGAGGCAAGGCAAAAAUAUUAAGAAUUAUAAAAGAAAUAUAAUUAGGAGACCCAAAUUAAAUAAUCAAAAUCCUUCCAUACAUUCUAUGAUCAAAAUAUAAAAGAAAAACUUAAAAAAUUACAUACGAUAUACUAAAUUGACAAAUCCUUAAAUAAUAAAUCAAUAAUAAACAAAAAGUAAAAAUUAACGAUCAUGACCGAACCUUGUGAUUCCGAUUCACAGUAUAGCAGGUACAGCACGAUUAUACAACAAAAUAAUUCCCAAAAUGACAAAACCAAUAGCAGAAAUAUACAAAAUCAAACCAUUGAAACUGUCACAUCGGUUGGAACCGAAAAUAAUUAUAUAUCUGAUUCCUCUUCAUGUCUUCUAAGUAGUAGUUUUUAUAAGAGGAGAGAGAAAUCUAACACCCUCUCGUUUGAGUUGUCCCAAGAAUUCCCGCAUCCCAUCAAGGUCUUCCCAUUAACUCUAAAAAAUAAAAUAUAUAAACUUAAUUUAGCCGAUAAUUGUGAUUACUAAUUUAUUUAUAUUAAAUAUUAAUCAUUCAUACUCACUAAUUCGAAAAUUAUGAAUUUCAACAUAGGACCUAAGCCUAGUUUUAACAUGCCUAAAUAGAUAUAAUGUCUUAAGGAAGAAAAACCAUAUUCUUGUGUGGAAGUAGAAAGCACAGAUUGCUUUAAGAACGAAACAAUUAUAAAAAAUGUUAGUUUUGCUCCAACUAUUACUAUCUUCCUAAGAUUUCAAGAUGAAGACGUGGUUAAAUUCAAAGAUAGACUAAGAAAAUAGGUGUAAUAGACUAAAGAAACCUUUGAUUUUCAUCCAUCUCUUGACAAACCAAAAAAGAAAGGAUAACUUAAGUCUUGUUUAAAAUCCAUCAUUGAAUGGGAUGUUUGA